AUGGGAAAAGGGUCAUCGAUGAUCGCGUUGAUGCUGUGCCUUAUGGCAGCUGCAGUAAUGGGUGAAGACCCCUACAUCUACUACACAUGGAACGUGACCUACGGCACAAUUUCCCCAUUGGGUGUUCCCCAACAGGGCAUUCUCAUCAACGGUCAGUUCCCAGGUCCCGAAAUUAACUGCACAAGCAACAACAACAUCGUUGUCAAUGUCUUCAACAACCUCGACGAGCCCCUCCUCUUCACAUGGAGCGGUAUCCAACAGAGGAAAAACUCGUGGCAAGAGGGCACAUUGGGUACCCAAUGCCCAAUUGCCCCUGGCACGAACUACACUUACCACUUCCAAGUGAAGGACCAAAUUGGGAGCUACUUCUAUUACCCAACCACUGGCUUACACCGUGCUGCCGGUGGAAUCGGUGGGCUUAGAAUCUAUAGCCGUUUGUUGAUCCCAGUCCCUUAUGCUGACCCAGCCGAUGAGUUCUGGGUCCUCAUGGGUGAUUGGUACGGCAAAGCCCACACCACUUUGAGGCAGUUUUUGGACAGUGGACGUAGCAUUGGAAGGCCCGAUGGAGUCCACAUUAACGGCAAAAGCGGUGGGCUUGAACCACUCUACACAAUGGAGCCCGGCAAGACCUACAAGUUCAGACUCUGCAACGUUGGGCUCAAGGACUCAAUGAACUUCAGAAUCCAAGGCCACCCAAUGAAGCUCGUCGAAAUGGAAGGGUCCCACACGGUUCAGAACGUCUACCAAUCACUCGAUGUCCACGUUGGACAGUGCAUGUCUGUCCUCGUAACCGCUGACCAGGAACCAAAGGAUUAUUACAUGGUGGCUUCCACGCGCUUCACCAAGAAGGUGCUGACCGCCACCCGUGUCAUCCGUUACUCUAACGGUAACGGCGCUGCCUCCCCUGAACUCCCACCUGCUCCAGAAGGCUGGGCUUUGUCUCUUAACCAAUUCCGUUCCUUCCAUUGGAAUCUCACUGCCAGCGCUGCAAGGCCCAACCCUCAGGGUUCCUACCACUACGGUCAGAUUAACAUCACCCGCACCAUCAAGUUGGUUAAUUCCGUCAGCAGGGCCAAUGGAAAACUCCGUUAUGGACUUAACGGCGUCUCCCACGUUGACCCAGAAACCCCACUCAAAUUGGCUGAAUACUUCGGCGUGAGCGACAAGGUUUUCAAGUACAACCUAAUCUCCGAUGAACCCUCUGCCAUCUCUGGCGACCUCAUCAUUGCUCCUAAUGUCAUCAACGCCACCUUCCGUAACUACAUUGAAAUCAUCUUCGAGAACCCCACCAAGGUUCCUCAAUCUUACAACUUGGGUGGUUAUUCUUUCUUCGCUGUCGCCAUUGAGCCCGGGAAGUGGAACCCUGCGAAGAGAAGGAACUACAACCUUCUUGAUGCAGUGAGCAGGCACACGAUUCAGGUGUUUCCCAAGUCAUGGGCAGCAAUUAUGUUGACAUUCGACAACGCUGGAAUGUGGAAUUUGAGGUCGGAAUUGGCUGAGAAUCGUUACUUGGGACAACAAUUGUACAUCAGUGUUUUGUCUCCUGAACGUUCAUUGAGGGAUGAGUAUAACCUUCCUGAGACUCAGACUCUUUGCGGCAUCGUCAAGGAUUUGCCCAAGCCUGCACCCUACACCAUAUAG